CAGGCGCAGCUCAGCUCGAAGACUUCCAGCGAUAGCUGCACAGCUUAUAAAAUGCGCAUGGCGCCUGCGCAGCCGAAGCAUUACAACAAACCACACGCGCCAGCAAUCGAAAUCAAACAAAUUCCCUCCAAAAACAAAAUGAAAUUCUUUGCGCUGUGUUCACUGUUCGCUGUGCUGUUGCUGGCCGAGAGCGUGCGUUGCAUGCCACAGACACGCGAUGGCGCCGCUUACACAAAUGAGGCCAUUAGACAGGCACAGCAGACGCUACUCAUUCCCAAGGAUGCACAGAUCCAGAAUGUGCAGGAGGGCAUUGAGUUGGGCGCCUACGAGCAGAUUCCCGGCAAUCAGCGCAUCAAUCUGUUCGACAUCUUGGGCGAUACUGUGCCCUCAGAGGUGAUAAACAAUCUGCAAUCGCAGGUUGAUCAAAUUGGACGCAACUAAAAAUGUUGCCACACUCAUAUUCAACAUCAUAAAUCAUAAUUAGUUUUUGAUUUGAAUUUGCAUUUUUGUUAAGUUUCACACAAAACACAAAAAAACCUAAAAAAAAAAAACAAAACAAAAACAAUAAAACACAACAAAUUAUUUAAGUA